AUGUCACAAACUACCAAUGAUAUUGACAUGUUGGACACAAUCGUGUCUUCUAUUACAAAUCCAACAAGUCAAUUAGUUAAGGUGGCCAUGCAAAAUAACGUCCAUAAUGAUCCUACUACCCCUAUUAAAAAUCACAGUACUACUAAUAAUACUACCCUUCCUAGUGAAAAAAUUAGUAGCAAUCCGUCCAUUAACCACAAUCUCAAGCAAGAUCUUUCAUCAAGAUCUGCUUAUCCACAAAGGCCUAAGCAUGUUAGCCAAAUGGCAAUGACAGAAGAACAUCCAAGCCGAAUGGCUAAAAACCCAGUACACGCAAAGGAUUUGGGAACUCAGCCUAUAAACUCCACCCUUGGGGACUCAAACGACAUGCAAAAGAUAUCCCCAAUCAUUACCCUAUCAACCAAUCCAUCCCUUAUACCUAAUAGCUCCUCCUCACCUGAUUUAGAGUUAUUAAGUAACCUAAACACUGAUCAUAAUGCCAACAUUACCAUCAUCCCUAAGGAGGAGAUAAAGACUUCUCCAAAUUCUUCGACAAACCAGAAUCACCAUGGAAAACCUCCCACCUCUCCAACCUCAACCAGUAAACCCUCAAAUAGUUUAUGUUCAACCACAUCAAGCUCAAAACUAUAA